AGACUGAAUAAUAAAUAGAGACAAGCAACCAGUGGGACUCUUCGAGAAGGCCCCUUUCUGCAAGGUACAAUGGCGGAAACAGCGGACCCUCGCUACGUUUACAAACUCGUCCCCUCCACCGCGCCAGUGGCCGACCCAGUACCGGACCAACUGCCCGUCAGCGAGCUCGACCAGACAUCGGGAUUUUUCCAUCUCUCCACCGCGAAACAGGUCCCCAACACGCUCAAGAUCUUCUUCAAGAACGAGCCGCGUGUGUAUGUCCUGCGCAUCGAAUACGAGCCGAUAAAGGGCCAGAUCCGGUGGGAGUCUCCCGACGGGGAAGUCUGUGGUCCGCGGCCUGGCGAGGGGUUGUUUCCGCACCUCUAUAAUGGAUUCAGACUCGGGAGAAAGGAAGUGGAAAGCGUGGCGGUGUGGGAUAACCAAGGUGGAUGGGAUAAAGCACUAGCAGGAGCAGAGGACUGGUUGCUCUACUGAGCUGUCCUAUAUUUAUUUCAAGUCGCAGAUACAUGACGGUUCUGAGUAGUAUAUCUCUAUAUAUAUAUAUGAAGUUCUAGAGGCUACUUAAUGAUUCAUUGUCAUCAAUCAUAUUAUUCACUAGAGUAGUGAAAAACCAGUUCUCUAUACACAGA